UCUACACCUCUAAUUAGGCUGCAGUAAAUUCAGUGUCUUCGAGCAGUCAGUAAUCGGUAACCGGUGACGCAUAUCAAAUAACCAUGACUAAUAUACCAGUCUACAUUUUUAUGUUACUCAGUUCUAUUUUCUUUACUGGCGUACUUCUUCAGGUCCCUUAUUAUGCUGUUCAUCUUAUUAGAGUGACCAGUUGUGCAAAAAAUAAACAGUUUUUGAUACUCGACGUACACAACAACGCGUCCACAGUUAACGUACAUGGAUCAAAUCAAUGGACCGUUUAUGAAGAAAUAACUGAAGAAAAAAAUAUUACGAUCCAACCGUCAGUUUUUAUGAAAAUAAACAACAAUUGGAUACUUCAACCAGUGUUUUCAAAAAAUUCUAUUAAUGUUUGCAUGUUGGUGAAACAAGACCCAACAGUGGUUCCGACGGCUAGAUUAUUUGUACACAUACCCUACAACUGUCCAAUAAAAAAAGGUGUACAGCUCAUAACCAAAAACCGAAUAACAUCCAUGAUACGUCCAAUGCUGCCGUUCGGAUGUUGGAUGCUCAAACUAGAAUACUUCAAACCCAAUGGAAAUAACGUGGGGUGCAUUACUGCAAUAAUUUUGCAAUCCAUCAAUAUCAAUCUCGAGUCGGAAAGCAAACUAUGUUAUUAACUUGUA